AUGCAACUGAAGGUGAAAUUGUCGAAAGAAGAGAGCAAGAGCGACAAAGACUACGAGAAAAUAGACUUCAUGAAAACGAGGAAGAUGCAAAUUCAAGGCGUCAACAAGAUCGCAUUCGAACUCGAGAAAGUCGAGCAAAUGCGUCUGAAAUUUAAGCUCAACUUCGAAGAAACACUGAAGCACGUCGAAGAGCCUCUGCAAGAGCUGCUUCCAGCAAUCAACUUUGUCGUGCUCUGGCUACAAUUGAAGACUUUGAUACCAACUUUUCAGUGCAUUCAAAUGGUCAAUGAAUGUGUACAUUGUGGUGCUCUUCAGUGGAAUGGCGAAACAUCUUCUAUGUGCUGUGGUGGUGGAAAAAUUCGACUUGCUCCAUUUACCCCUUUGCCCGAUCAACUGGUUUUGUUGUGGUCAAAUUCGGCUUUUAUGAAGAAAAUUCGUGCGUACAAUACCAUCUUUGCCUUCACAUCCAUGGGUGCAAGUGUCCACGAAAGCAUUGCCAUUGAUGAACGUUAUGCAAAUGCAAGAGAUGGUGUUUACACGUUUCGUGUACAAGGAAGCAUUUGCCACAGAAUUGGGGGAUUGCUGCCAAAUGAAGGAAACACUCCAAAGUUUGCACAGAUUUAUGUGCACGACAGUGACAUGGAUAAACAAGUUGCCACGCGCAUGAGUAUCAUGGACGACUUGGAUGAAAAUAUCGUCACUACAAUUCAAGAGCAACUGGCACAAAUUAAUCCUUUUGUUACUCAAUUCAUGUCGGCUGGCAAAUUUGCAAGAGAAGGCCGGGAUUGUCGUUUGGUCAUUCGAGAAUCAAGAAACACCGAUCUUCGAAUUCACAAUCGACCGACAGCAGAUGAAGUUGCUGCCAUUAUUAUUGAUGGAAGUGAGCCCAAUGGAAGGCCCAUCAAUUCUAUGGAUGUUGUACUGCAUUGCAAGUCCGGUGGCUUUCGAAAAAUAUCCGAUUUGCACCCAGCGUACGAUCCUUUACAUUUCCCACUUUUGUAUGCAUUUGGUGAAGAUGGAUGGUCGCCUAAUGUGGAAUAUGUCGAUGGGAAACGAAGCUACAAUAACACUCGCGUGAACAUUCGUGAGUUCUAUGCCUACCGACUUUUUGCUCGAAUCAAUGAUGAGUCAAUGCUCCAUCGAUCCUCAAGAUUGUUUCAACAAUGGUGCGUUGAACAAUAUGUAAAAGUCGAGCUCCAACGAUUACGCUAUAUCCAGAAGAAUCAAAGCAAUCUGCGUGCUGAGUUAUAUCGUGGUGUGGCGGAUGCAAUUGCAAGAGACGGACUUGGAACCAUUGGGAAGUUCGUUGUUCUACCUGCGUCAUUCACUGGAGGCGAACGGUACAUGAGAAAGCAGUACUACGACUCGAUGGUUAUUGUGUGCGAAUUUGGCAAGCCUGAUUUAUUUAUUACUGUUACUUGCAACCCUGAGUGGCCUGAAAUCAAGGAAGCACUGCUUGAAGGCCAAAAACCAGAGGAUCGACCUGACAUUGUUGCAAGAGCCUUUUGCCUAAAGCUUAAAGCUAUUCGAGAAGACAUUUUCAAGAAAAACAUCUUUGGCAAGACGAUGGCAGACAUUUAUGUCAUUGAGUUCCAAAAGCGUGGCCUUCCACAUGCACACAUGCUCAUCAAGUUGGAGUCUGAGUUCAGUCCAUCUACUCUUGAUGCCUACGACAAGUUUGUGUGUGCUGAACUGCCCGACCGACACCUGCAGCCAAAGUUGUACGAAGUUGUGACGAAAGCCAUGAUGCACGGACCAUGUGGAAGCCUAAAUCCGAAAGCACCAUGCAUGAAGGAUGGAAAAUGCAGCAAGCAGUACCCCAAGGCAUUUUCUAACACCACACAUUGCGACCACAGUGGAUACCCUGUGUAUAGAAGACGUGACAAUGGCACAACUACAGAACGACGUGGCUUCGAAUUGGAUAACCGAUGGGUUGUUCCUUACAAUCCAUACCUCAGCCAGAAGUUCGAAUGCCAUAUCAAUGUGGAAAUUUGCUCGACAAUCAACUCUGUCAAGUACAUGUACAAGUAUGUUUACAAGGGCCAUGACAAAGCCACUAUUUCCAUUGAAAGACAGCCUGUGGAUGGAAACAUUGAAACCGUUGGUGAUCUCGCAACAAUUGACAUCAAUGAGAUUGUCCAGUAUUUAAGUGCAAGGUACAUUUCAGCGUCUGAAGCUUGCUGGAGAAUCUUCUCCUUUGCUCUCCAAGAAAAGUCACACACUGUUGUUCAGUUGCCUGUACAUUUGCCUCAACAAAACAUGGUUACUUAUAACCCAGACACGACCAAUGCAGAGUCAACAGACAGCAUGAAAAACACCAUGCUAACAAGAUUCUUUGAGAAGUGCGCUGAAGACGAAGAAGCAAUUAACUUGGUCUACUAUGAUUUUCCGAAGCAUUACACGUGGCAAAAAAAUACCAAGAAGUGGAAGAAACGCCAGCGUGGUGGAGAAAAGACAAUUGGCCGCAUGGUUUCAGUCUCCAUUAAAGACAGCAAUCGAUACUACCUGCGAUUGCUUUUGUGCUACGUCAAAGGUCCAACAUCAUUUGAAGACCUUCGCACUGUCCAUGGUGGUUGCUACGACACUUUUCAAGAAGCUGCAGUGGCAUUGGGCUUAUUGGAAAACGACAACGAAUGGUAUCGGUGCAUGGAAGAAGCCUGUGACUUUCAAAUGCCUGCACAACUUAGACAAUUGUUUGCAAUCAUAUUGGCACUGUGCAAUCCACAUCAGCCUGGAAAAUUGUGGGAAGCAUUCAGCUCUGCGAUGUCUGAAGAUUUCCAACAUCAACUCAAGACAUUGUGUGAAGAUCGAAGAGUUGUUUUCCGCACUCUGGAAGCACUGAACAAACACCUUUUACCUCAUCAAAUGACGCUGAAGGAUUUUCCAGGACUCCCUCAGCUGUACCAAUUCCAAGAUUUAUGGGCCGACGAAUCAACAAGAAACAACCCAUUGAUCGAAGCUGAGAAAUCCUAUAACCAUGCUGGCCUGUCCAAUAUGGUCAAUCAAUUGGACAAGUUAAAUGAAGACCAGAGUCAAGUCUUCAAUACAAUUUUGGGAGCAGUAAACAACCAAGACAGCGACCAAAAACUCUUCUUUGUGGAUGGUCCUGGAGGAACAGGAAAGUCUUUUUUACUCGACACCAUUUUGGCUUCUGUACGAUCACAAGGGAAGAUCGCAUUAGCUGUGGCAACCAGUGGCAUUGCAACUUUGCAGCUUAUGGGAGGUCGAACUGCGCACUCUACAUUCAAGCUCAGUUUGGAUCUCAAUGCAACUUCCACAUGCAACAUUCCAGCUCAAUCACAACGAGCUGAAUUGUUACGCAAUGCAGACUUGAUUGUGUGGGAUGAAGCACCUAUGAUGAUCAAGUACGGUUUUGAAGCUCUUGACAAGUCGCUCAAAGAUAUCAUGGGCAACGACAAAGUCUUUGGUGGCAAGACAGUUGUGUUGGCUGGCGAUUUCCGACAAAUUCUUCCAGUGGUUCCCAAGGCAACUGCAGCCCAAAUUGUCAAUUCGUGCGUCAAACGUUCAUAUCUUUGGAAACACUUUACUACAUUUCGACUUAAAACUAAUAUGCGCGUACGAAAUGCUGUGGACUCGGCAAGUGCCACUGAAAUUGAAGACUUUGCUAAUUUUCUGUUGUGUGUUGGUGAAGGAAAAUCAAAUGACUGUGAAGAUUGUGGUCAAGGAUUUGUCAAAAUCCCCAAAGAUAUGGUCAUUCCGUGGCAACCAAGAACAAAUACACUUCAAACUUUGAUCCAUGAUGUGUACGAUAAUGCCGAAGAACAUUAUCUUAAUGAUGGCUACUUUUCGGACAAAGUCAUCCUGACUCCACUCAACGCUGAUGUCCAUGACAUCAGCAACAAGAUUGUGGAUAUCCUGCCUGGCGAAGAGCAAGAAUACUUAUCGAUUGAUUCUGUUGAAGAUUCUGAAGGCUUGGAUGCAUCUCUAUAUCCUGUUGAAUUUCUCAACACACUUGCUAUUUCUGGGAUGCCACCUCAUAAAUUGCGUCUCAAAGUUGGCUCUCCAAUUAUUCUGCUGCGUAAUAUCAAUGGACAUGAAGGACUUUGCAAUGGCACACGACUUCAAGUCCGACAACUCAAGCGAAAUUGCUUGCUGGCUUCGAUCCUCACUGGAGCCCACAAAGGCAAACUUAUUGCCAUUCCACGUAUUCCUUUGGUUACGAAAGAUUGUGGACUGCCAUUUGAACUUCGACGACGCCAAUUUCCAGUACAAUUGGCCUUUGCAAUGACCAUUAUCAAGGCUCAAGGUCAAACAGUUCAAGAGCUUGGUGUUUACUUACCCCAACCAGUAUUUGCUCAUGGUCAAUUGUAUGUUGCCUUAUCUCGAGCAACUUCAAGAAAGAAGAUCAAGCUCUUAGUUGGAAAAGAUUGCCAUGAGGAUCAAGAUGGUCUUUGCAUCAAUAAUGUAGUGUACCCAGGGAUAUCCACUUAA